GUGAUGUUGUGUCAUUUCCGUAUUACGGAGGACUCAAAGGCCAUUCGCUCAAUGUUAGCAAAGAUGGAAAAUUCAACACCAUGGUUGUUCUGAAUCCCAAAUAUGCCGAAGGUCGAGGCAGUUCGGAUACUUUUUUCAACAAAAUUCAAAAUUCUGCUGCUCGUUUGGUGGCAAUCCAAGAGAAGGCUAAACAAAAGGGAAGUUUUAGCGAAGAGGACAACAAAUCAUAUGCAGAUAGUCUAUUUGAAUUAGGUCUUGCAGCACAGAGUCUGGCUCAGUUGCAACAAAAUGGAGAAAUAAAAGAUUUUAGCAAACUUCUUCAAGGCAGUAAUACACAAUUUAGGCCUCAACCUGUUAAUGAUAGUCCCUUGGCACAAGUAGGGGAUUUACCUGUUCAGAAUGGAGAUAAUAUGAUGGUGUCUGUUACACAGGAUGAACCCUAUGACGAUUCUGGAGAAAGUGUUUUAGUGAACGCUCCGAAAAAAGAUGCAUCUGUUGCUGAGGCAAAACCAGUUGGUCUCUCAAUUGUUGGCGAAGGAGGUGUAGCUUCAUCAAAACCAAAUGCAGUUGCAAUUUCUGGUCGUGAAGGUCUAGCAGUUUCGGCACCAAAAGCAACAGCAAUAGCUGGUGUAUCACCUGAGGAAGCUGCAGCAUUCAGUGUUAAUGUCCCGACUAGAAAUGAUAUUAUCAUUAAAGCUUUUCAAAAAGCAAAUGCACCACGUUCUACCUCAGGGGGUAUUAAAUUACUAGAGGAAAAAAACAUUGCGAAACGAUCAGGAAUCGAAGGUCAAAAACCUAACACUGAAAAUGAAGCUGGUUUAAAUAUUUUACUUGUUGAACCCAGAUUUAUGGAUAGAAUUAACUUCCAAGACAAACAACAAAUGUCCAAGAUCCAAGCUGACAUUGAACCAAAAAGCUUAAAUGUUCAACCAGUAGCAGCAGAUUUUAACGAAAGCAAAUAUCUUAGUAAUAUGGCAUAUAGAAAUUAUUUAUUGUCAUCAUUUUAUAACUCAUAA